AUGGAACCUUUUAUAGACGACCAAGCAAAAAAUCCGCGCAAACGGCAGAUGUCAAAAGAAAAGCGCCUCCUUGCGAAUCGCCAUGAGAGAGAGCGGGUGCGAAAAAUGAACGACGCCUACGAAGAAUUACGAAGCACGAUUCCGAACUACAAAGAAACCAGAGUUAAAACGAAACUAGAGCUAUUGCAAAUAGCAACAAGCUACAUCCAAACUCUAAAAGAGCAUCUUCAAAGCAUCAUUAACAGCGGCUACAACUCUUCGAUGAAUCGACUGAUCUACCCACCGAGCCUUGGAAUGGAAUGUAACGGAACCUCUAAACCGGGGCAUCGGAAUUCAGAUUAUUCCUAUCCACCUUUGUUUCCAGUUCCCCCUCUUCCAACGUCCCAACUCAACCUACGUCACAUCGGAACUCACAAGUCAAGCUCCAACAGACCCCAUUUUCCAAGAUCGAUGACGACCCCCAUGGUAGAAAGUCAUGAAAACUCAACGCAUGAUUUCUGUGGCCUAUUUUCCAGCAGUCUGAACGAUUUGCAUCUCGAUGAAGAUUUUCUUUACCAUCUACAGGUAUGA